AUGAGUGACGAGGAGGUUCCACAGGUUCCAAGGGGAUUAACCUUAGAACAGGCUCAAAAUCUUAGAAGAGAUAGGCGAAUUGACGAGUUGGCAGCAAGGAUGGAUGAGAUAAUAAAAAGGCUUGAUACUCGUGCUGGAGAUUCUUCAAGGAAAGGGAAUUCUAACCCUAAUUCUGGUUCAAGUGAGGAAGAACAACCAAGGAGGAACCCAAGGAGGCCACGAAAUAAUUAUUCCUCAAGUGAUGAAUCACCAAGGCCUAGGAGAAGUGAUAGACCAAAGGAUGAUGAUAGGAACCUUAGAUUAGAUCUUCCCGAAUUCAAUGGGAGUAUGAAUGAACCUGAAAAAUACUUUGAGUGGAUUAGAAGGGCCGAGACACUCUUUGAUUACAAGGAGUAUGAUGAAAGGAAAAGAUGCAAAGUGGCAGAAUUAAAACUGACCGGUUAUGCUAGUCUUUGGUAUGAUAAUCUAAAGAAGAAGAGGCAUAAAGAGGGGCGUGCAAGAAUCUCAACUUGGGAACAACUUAAGAAGCACAUGAAAAAAGAAGAGAUUGUUGAGCAUAAGAUUGCUAGAUUUAUUUCGGGGUUGAAUGAUAAUACUGCUGAAAAAGUGGAAUUGCAACAAUAUUGGUCCUUUGAGGAUGUUUGCAAGAACAGCUUGGAGAAAAGUGGUUCUAGUUCGAACUACAAGGAGACUAAAUCAAAAUUUGAAGCUCCUAAAAAGCUUGUUGAAGAUAGGAAGUGCUUCAAGUGUGGUAGUGUUGGUCACAUUGCAACUAAUUGUCCAUCAAAAAGAGUAAUGACUGCUCAAGAGUGGGAACAAGAACAAGCUAAGUGUGAGCAAGGUAGUGACUAUGUAGAAAAGAACGAAGAGGAAAACUUUGAAGAAGAGGAGGGGCAUAUUGACGAAAUUGAUCCCGAGACUCAUGGUCAAAGUUUGGUUCUAAGAAGGGCACUACACUCUAAAACCGUACCUAUGGAAAACAAUCAAAGGGAGAAAAUCUUUCUUACAAGGUGCAAGGUAGAAGAUAGGUUGUGUGACAUGAUCAUAGACACGGGGAGUUGCACUAAUGUGGUAUCUACUACUUUGGUAGACAAAUUGACGUGGCCAAUUACUGAACAUCCAAGCCCUUAUAAGCGUCAUUGGCUUAAUAAUUCGAGUGAUGUUAAGGUAACUAAACAAGCCUUAAUCUCCUUUUCAAUUGGUAAAUUUCAUGAUAAAGUUUUGUGUGAUGUUUGUCCUAUGGAUGCUUGUCAUAUACUAUUAGGCCGUCCUUGGCAAUAUGAUAGAUUUGUGAAGUUUGAUGGAAGAACUAAUGUUGAGAGAGAAUUAGAAAAAGAGAUUUGCAGCAACAAUUUGGUAUAUAUACUUGUUUCUAAUGAGAUUCGAAUUGAUCAAGAUAAACAAGCAAAGAGGUCGUAUGAAUUGGAAUCUGUUUUAGAAGAAUUCAAGGAUGUCUUUCCUAAAGAAUUACCUCCGGGACUACCUCCUAUUCGUUGGAUAGAGCAUCAAAUUGACUUGAUUCCGGGAGCACCAUUACCUAAUAAGGCAGCCUAUAGAAGUAAUCCGGAAGAAAAAAAGGAGUUUGCUUAUAAUAGAUCACCUACAUAUGCUACCAAACAUAGUCCUUUUGAGGUAGUCUAUGGAGUCAAUCCAAAACUUCCAAUUGAUCUUGUUCCAUUACCUAAGGGUGAGUUAAUUCACAAAGAUGCCGAGUCUAAGUUGAAGAGUAUGCGAAAUUACAUGCUGAAGUUCGAACAAGAAUAG